AUGGGGGCUGACUCACUGCUGCCUCUGCUGGACACUAGAGGAACUGCAGGCAUCAGUGCUUCAGGUGUGCAUCUCACUCUUUGUGACCAAGUUGGGAGGAGUCUGCAGGCGUACCUGGACUUAAGCCACACCCCCUACCCACCUGGCCUGUUGCCGGGUAACACUCUGCUGUUGUCUGGUUUCCAGAGGAGGCUGUCCAGGACAGGAAGUGUGUACUGCACGUACUUACCUGUCAGCUCGAUAACUGUGGUCUCCCUGGGAGACACCAGCUCGGCCCAGCCUCCUCCUCCUGCUCCCAUCAUGCACCUGGGUGAGUGGGCUCUGAGCAGCAAGCAGAGGUGCACUGUGGGACAGGUCAAAGGUCACGUGGUGUGUUUCCUGUUCCUGCAACUGCAGUGGAGCUGCUUGCUGUGUGGCAGCGUGUACACACAGGGCUGCAGCAGCUCUCAGUGUCACUCGACCUCGUCAGUGUUUCAGUCCAAAGCAAAGCUGGUGAUUGAUGACGGGACAGGUGAGGCUCACGUCUGGUUCUCAGCGGCUCUGGUUCGUGCUCUGCUGGGAUUGGCUGAUGCUCAGUGGGAGGGGCUUCAGAGAGCACUCAGGGUCAGAGGUCACAUCAGAAUCUUCCCUCGUGGGCAGAGCCAGGUGUGUGACGGGGACGCUGACGACUUCCUCCUCCACUUCCUGUUGUGUCUGUGCAGCAGUGAUGUCAUGAUUCGGCCGCUCAGCCUCACCUGCAGGAAACGCACCAACCAGAGACCAGAAGAGGUGAGGAGGUUCACUCGAGGAGACAGAGAGUUCCUGACCAGACUGGCUCCUCCCCUUCAGCUCACCUGUCUGCACCUCCACCCUGACUGAGCUCCACCUGCUUCGUUCUGAUUUGAUCUGUUUUACGUGUUCGUACAAAUAAAACUUUAUUGUUCCUCCUCCUGUCACACGGUAUCUCACCUUCACUGACCCUAACGCUGGUGAUCAGGGUCAGAGGUCACAUGAAGCUCUCUGGGUUUAACCUCACGUGAAAGGGGCGGAGCUGUCAUAAUCAUAAAGGGGCG